CCGCGGCAUGUGGGAUCCUCCCGGACCGGGGCACGAACCCGCGUCCCCUGCAUCUGCAGGCGGACUCUCAACCACUGUGCCACCAAGGAAGCCCCCAAGAACUAUUCUUAUAUCUGAACAUCUCAAGACAAUCUUAUUUACUGAUCUUGUUGCCUGAACAAGAAUAAAGAACUAUCGGUGGAUGAGAUCUGAGAUUAACAUCACAUUAUGGAAUCUCUGCCGCCCCACAGGCCAGGAAUACUGCCAUGUAAAUGGUGCUGGACGAGGGAAUAGAGGAUGUUUCUCAAACCACACCAUGUCCAUGACAAAGAGUGCCGGGGGUCCCCAGGGAGCUGUUGACCUCAAACUGGACCUCAAGCCCUCUUCCGAAAGUGCCAAGAAGUUUCAGAACAAGGAUUCCAGUUUCUUGGAUGGAAGCCCUUCUGAGUCGCCGGACUUGGAAACGACCAAGGGCAUAACAGCAUUCCAGGCCUUGGUUCACCUGGUGAAAGGUAACAUAGGCACAGGGGUCCUGGGACUACCCCUGGCUAUGAAGAAUGCAGGCAUCCUGGUGGGCCCUCUCAGUUUGCUGGCCAUGGGCUUCAUCUCCUGUCACUGUAUGCACAUCUUGGUCAGGUGUGCCCAGCGCUUCUGCCACAGACUUAACAAGCCCUUUAUGGACUACGGGGAUACGGUGAUGCAUGGACUAGAAGCCAGCCCCAGCACCUGGCUCCGGAACCACGCACACUGGGGAAGGCGUAUCGUGAGCUUCUUUCUUAUAGUCACCCAGAUGGGCUUCUGCUGCGUGUACAUUGUGUUUCUGGCUGAUAAUUUAAAGCAGGUAGUGGAAGCGGUUAAUAGCACAACCAACAACUGCCAUUACAACAGGACAGUGAUCCUGAUGCCCACCAUGGACUCGAGACUCUACAUGCUCGCCUUCCUGCCCUUCCUGGUGCUUCUGGUGUUCGUCAGAAACCUCCGAGCCCUGUCCAUCUUCUCCCUGUUGGCCAACAUCACCAUGCUGGUCAGCUUGAUCAUCAUCACCCAGUCCAUCAUCCAGGGAAUUCCAGACCCCAGCCGCUUGCCACUGGUAGCAAAUUGGAAGACCUACUCGCUCUUCUUCGGAACAGCCGUUUUUUCAUUUGAAAGCAUUGGUGUGGCUGUACCAGUCAGUCAAGAUCCUCUACAUAAUUGGCAUCCUGUGCACCUACGCCCUGCAGUUCUACGUCCCUGCAGAAAUCAUCAUUCCCUUCGCCACCUCCCAGGUGUUAAAGCGCUGGGCACUGCCUCUGGAAUUGUUCAUCCGCCUCGCCAUGGUCAGCCUGACAUGCAUCUUGGCCAUCCUCAUCCCCCGCCUGGACCUGGUCCUCUCUCUGGUGGGCUCCCUGAGCAGCAGUGCCCUGGCCCUCAUCAUCCCACCCCUCCUGGAGAUCACCACCUACUACUCAGAGGGCAUGAGUCCCAUCACCAUCAUCAAGGACGCCCUGAUCAGCAUCCUGGGCUUCGUGGGCUUUGUGAUGGGGACCUACCAGGCCCUGGACGAGCUGAUCCAGUCAGAAGACACUCUCACCUUUUCCAACUCCACCAUUUUUAUUCAGUGAAAAUGGCACUGCUUCUUACCCACCAGCACCUGACAUUUAAUGAUAUAAAUCUCUUCUAUAUGCAUUAUCUAUAUUUUGCUGCUUUACCUUUCUCUGAGUCAAGUCACAGUGAAACAAGCACGGACUCACCAGCUACAAGGUCUAGAUGGUAAUUUAAAAAAAUUUUUUUUUAUUUAUUUUCUUUCCGUCUCUAGCUUUCCACUACACUGAGAGCUCUCUCACUGAAGGCUCUUGAUUCCAUUCGGGUUUUUGGCAAUUCACACGAUGAAUUUCACACCUUGAGUGGGGCUAUGCAAGAGGAAGCCACCAGGGGGCAUCCAAGAGGCAGCACCUGUGCAGCCAGCUAAGGCUGAUGGUGAUUUGGUAGACAAAGGGUGUCCUCUUUUCCAGAUCUGUUUAAAGAGCAAAGAUUAAGAGUGGGGACAUAAUCCAUAAUCCAGCAAGGUGUGCACAGCUCCAGCGUCAAGAUGGACAGGAUCCACAGGUCCAUGGUGAGCUGCAACUCUCAGACAGAAAGGAACCACCAUAUUUAAGUCAAGGGCAAUAAACUUUCUAAACAACUGGAUAAAGUUUUGGCCCAAUUCAAAGAUCUCAACAAGGGACAGUCGUCACAGAAAUGGAUGUGCCAAUGGCGGGGGGUGGGGGGUAGGGUGGGGAUGGACAAUGAUUAUUUCAUUAUUUAUCUCUUGAUUCUUUUUUUUUCUUUAACCUCUUGAUUCUUGCAACAAGCAUUCUUUCUUACCUACCACACACCAACCAUAGUUCAAAGUUCUUGUAAUAGUUUGCAAAAAUGGCGACAAAUUCCUCUUGACAAUGUGACAUUGCAGCUCCCAUCAAGAAGUGAAAUCUAUAUCUCUACCCCUAGAAACUUGUCUUGGCCCUGUAACUUGCUUUGGCCAAUGGGACAUUAGUAAAUGUGACGCAAGCAGAGGUUUCGUGACGGCUAAUGCAUUGGAACUUUCAUCGUGAUGCUCUGUGUAGAUAAGAGCACCAAGUGAAGAAGCCGGGUCUAGCCUGCUGGAGGAAGAGAGACCAUGUGGAGCAGAAAUGAAUCAUCCCAGUUGAGCCCCAUCUCCCAGAACAGCCAGCCUGCCGACUUCCAGACACGUGAGUGAAGUAUCCUAGACUAUAUACAGCCCCAGUCAAGCUGGCCUGGACCAUAAAUAUUGCUCAGAUGAUCCACAGAAUUAUGAGAAAUAAUAAAUGUUUUUAGUUUUAAGCCAUAA